GUUUCACCUUUUUUCACAACAAAAUCUCCUGCCAUAACCAUGCCUCGCCCAAAGAAGGACAAGUCGGAUCCUUCUUUUCAGUUACUAUCUGAGGAUCCUACUUCCUCUGAAUCCCAGUACCGGCCAAUCUUCGGUAUCCUUUCUGAUUCCGAAGAUUCGGGAUCUGGAGACACCCAAGAGUACCAUUCUGCGGCCGAACUGCCCGAUGGGGAGGAUGGCCACAAGCUCAGGAUUAAUAAAGAAUAUGCAAGACGAUUCGAAUACAACAAGAAGCGCGAGGAGCUUCAUCGCUUGCAAGAAAAAUAUGGCAAUCAGGGCCUAGGAGAGAAAGAGGAAGGCUCGGAGGAGGAGGAGGAGGAGGAAGAGGAGGACGAUACAGCAGUGCUAGCAACAGAACGCCUGGAUCAAGAAAUCGCAGCAACAAUCGACGCAAUUCGAAAAAAAGACCCCAAAAUAUAUGAUGGAAAGACAACCUUCUUCUCGGCUGUUGAAGGAGAGGGAGAACCGGGUGGCAAAGAGGGAAUUGAGAGUGAGAAGGAAAGGCCAAUGUUUUUAAAGGAUUAUCAUCGCAAAAAUCUUCUUUCUGGAACCGUCGGCGAUGAAGAGACUCCUAUGACUUACUUACAGGAGCAGGAAGAUUUCAAGCGCACGGUCGUUCUUGAGAUGCACCAAGCGACUGCGAAUGAACCCGAUUCUGAUCCCGAUGACGCUGACGCAGGUUUUCUGGUCAGGAAAAGGCAACCUGAGAAGCCUGAGCCUGUUGUGGACAUCCCCGAUCCAGCCACUGCCGAUCCAGACAAUCCUGAAGAAUACCUCACACGUUUCUUUCAAUCUCGUGCAUGGACUAAACCAACUGGGUUCAUCCCUCUCGAGGAUGAUGAUUCGGGAGAAGAGGACUGUAUAGAGGAAUUCGAAAAAGCGUACAACUUUCGUUUCGAGGACCCUGAUGCCAAUGUCAGAGGUAAAUUAAUGACCUACGGUCGUGAUGCAAUUUCGGCCAAUACUGUGAGACGGGGAGAGAUAUCUGGAAGGAAGAAGACACGUGAAAAGAAACGGGAAAAGCAACAAGCCGAGAAGGAACUUCGGGAGAAGGAGAAGGGUAGACUGCGGAAGCUCAAAACGGAGGAAUUAAUGGAGAAAUUCAGGAUGAUCCGAGAGGCAGCUGGACUAGAUGACGAUGGAGAAGACAAGGAAGUUGAAGCGGAGGUCCUGAAUAACCUUUUAGAGGGUGACUGGAGUGAUGAACAAUGGGAAGAGUGGAUGGCUAAGAAGUUUGGAGAUAGCUACUACGAGGCUAAUGUAGGCAAAAUAAAGAAGCCAAAGUUUGACGGCGAAAUCGACAUCGGAGACAUAGUCUCUGAUCUUGAAGGUGGUGUCGAAUUUGGUCUCGAGGAUGGGGGAGGAGAGGCUGACUCGGAGACCUCGGAAGGGGAUAAGGAGGUCGGCAAAGAUUCCCAAACGGACAGGGAAUCUAGAGACGUAGGGCCCUUUCAAAAAGAGGAGCGCAAAAAGAGGCAAAAAGAAAGGGACCUCAAACGCAAAUUGGAGCAAUACAUUGAAGAAAACUACGAUUUCGAAGACCAAAUCCCUUCUAGUAAUCUUAAGACAAGCUUCCGUUAUCGAGAAACUACCCCCGAAUCAUACGGCUUAACAUCCCUAGAUAUCCUUGCAGCGGAAGACGCUGACCUCAACUCCUUCGUUGGGCUCAGAAAGCUCGCUACGUUCCGAGAACCCGAGAAAAAAAAGAGAGAUAAAAAGCGUUACGGAAAAAAGAAGCGGUUGAGAGAGUGGAGGAAGGAGACCUUUGGUGACGAGGAAGGAGUUAAGAUACCAGCGGACCAGGAGCCUACUGGUGUCACGGAGGAGAGGGAAUAUUACGUAGAUAUCAGAGGGGUGGGGGGUGGCGAGAGGAAGAAGAAGAGGAGGAGAAAGGGGAAUAAAGGUUAGCUUCUAAUAUCAAAAAUAUAAUAUAAAAUUUCGUAUUUCUGU